GCUGCUGGGCUGUCUGGGCUAGGCUAUAAAAGAGAGCCAAGGCAGCGCAGCUGGCUCAGAGACGAGACUGAAUUCUGCAGACGGCGAAGGACCCGCACGCAGCCUCUGCCGCCUCCUGCAUUGUUGUUUUUUCCUGGAAUACAGAACCAACCUCGGGAGCAAGAUGUGCAAGGGACUUGCUGCGCUGCCAGCCACUUGCUUAAAAAGUGCCAAAGACAUGAAGCAUCGUCUGGGCUUCUUGCUGCAGAAGUCAGACUCUUAUGACUACAGCUCUUCCCAGGGCAAGAAGGAGAAAAUAUCUUCAAGCCAGAGGGUUAGCCAAGAGGAAGUCAGGAAGUGGGCAGACUCUUUGGAAAACUUGAUCCAUCAUGACAGAGGACUGGCCGCUUUCCGUGCUUUUCUCAAAUCUGAGUACAGUGAGGAAAACAUCGAGUUCUGGGUCAGCUGUGAGGACUACAAGAAAACCAAGUCGCCAGCCAAGCUCAGCCCCAAGGCCAGAAAGAUCUAUGACGAGUUCAUCUCAGUGCAGGCAACAAAAGAGGUGAACCUGGAUUCGUGCACACGGGAGAAAACGUGCCACAAUAUGCUGGAGCCUACACUGUCCUGCUUUGACGAGGCUCAGAGAAAAAUAUUCACCCUCAUGGAAAAGGAUUCUUACCGCCGUUUCCUCAAGUCCCCCUACUACCUGGACUUGAUCAGCCCACCUGGUGCUGGCUGCGGGCCCGAAAACUGCAAAAGAAGCCACACUCACACCUUAGACUGCAACUCUAACAUCAUCUCUCAGUGCGCCUGAACCUGCAGCAAGGCAGGGGUGGGUUGGGCUCUUGCAAGAAUAUACGGCAGCAAAAGCAUUCAUUGGCAUGAAGCAACAGAGCUGUCUCCAAUAGCUAAUGUCCCAGUUGUAUCCCAUGUCAUGCAACAGCCAGCAUUUGUAACCCAAGCCAGGCUCAGUUUGUGUAGCAAACCCUCUUCUGACUCCAUCAGUGAAGGAGCCCUGGAGUCUGUCUGACAUGAAAGCUGGGUGCAAUCAUUGCGUGCCCGUUGUGUUUCUGGCGAGCCCUGCAAGCUCAGGAGGGUGGUGGGGGAGCACAUGCUCAGACCCAGCGCUACCCACCAAGGGACCAGACUUGCAAUGUUGCAGUGUGACACCUAGCAAGGAGCAGGGAAAAGAGGAAGCCAGGGGAAGCGUUGGGGACUGUGAUCUCCCCUUUCUAAUUGGCAAAAGCUCAGAUGAAAAGGGCUUGCUGUGGUCCUUAGCUGUCCAUAUAGCUCCCAAAUGUCUAGGCUUUCAGUAUUAUUUGCUCAGAACUCAGGCUGUGCUGCAUUAUAGUCAUCAGACAUAGGAAGAGCUCCUACUCUUUCUUGAAGGGAGACCAAAACUUUCAGAAAAACAGCCUCCCUCGAUCACCACAGCUACAAUCGCAUGGAAGCUCUCCCCUCUGGCCGCUUCUCCCUCUGUAGCAUCUGGUUUAUGCUGGCCAAGGAUCUUUCCUAGGGCUGUACAGAGCUAUUAUUUUGGGGAAGUUUGUUAUUUCAUAUAUUAUUAAUUGUGUCCUUCAUGCUCCCAGGUUAAAUACUGUAGCUGAGCCGAACAGAAACAUGUUCCUUCUCUCCCAGACUGGCAGGUGUAUAUCGCUAACUCUGGGAGUGCCAUCUGAAUUCAGGUUUGCCUGCCCUGGCUUGUAUGGAGCAGUUUGUGAUGGAAUAGGACCACAACACAACAGCUGGGGAGGAAAGACCCUG